ACACUCGGCCCGGCUGGACAGCGCGGCGGCGCCCGGCAUGUAUCAGAGCCCGCGGUGGCUCUGCUCGGCCCUGCUGUUCAGGGACGCCCCCGGCCUGCGCCGCACGCUCGCCCCGCCGGUGCUCCUACCCCGGCCCGCGUCCCCGCGACUGCAGGCGGCGGCCUCGGGCGCCGCGAGGUCGCAUCCCCGAACAGUGAGUUCCAUGGGAAACGGCACGAGUAGACUCUACAGUGCACUCGCCAAGACGCUCAACAGCAGCGCUGCCGCCCAGCACCCGGAGUACUUGGUGUCCACUGACCCAGAGCAUCCGGAGCCCCUUGAUCCUAAGGAACUUCUGGAGGAAUGCAGGGCUGUUCUGCACACGCGGCCACCCCGAUACCAGAGGGAUUUUGUGGACCUGAGGCCAGACUGCUCCAGUAGCCACCCUCCCAUUAGAGUCAUGCAGUGGAACAUCCUCGCUCAAGCUCUUGGAGAAGGCAAAGACAACUUUGUACAGUGCCCGGUGGAAGCACUCAAAUGGGAAGAAAGGAAAUGCCUUAUUCUGGAAGAAAUCUUGGCUUACCAGCCAGAUAUAUUAUGCCUCCAAGAAGUGGACCACUAUUUCGACACCUUCCAACCACUCCUCAGUAGACUGGGCUAUCAAGGCACAUUUUUCCCCAAGCCCUGGUCACCAUGUCUAGAUGUCGAGCACAACAACGGGCCAGAUGGCUGUGCCUUAUUUUUUCUCCAAAGCCGAUUCAAACUCAUCAACAGCACCAACAUCAGGCUGACAGCCAUGACCCUAAAAACCAAUCAAGUGGCCAUAGCACAGACCCUGGAGUGCACAGAAUCUGGCCGACAAUUCUGCAUUGCUGUCACCCAUUUAAAAGCCCGCACUGGCUGGGAGCAGUUCCGAUCCGCACAGGGCUGUGACCUCCUCCAGAACCUGCAGAACAUCACACAGGGAGCCAAGAUCCCCUUGAUAGUCUGUGGGGACUUCAAUGCAGAGCCAACCGAAGAGGUCUACAAACACUUUGCUUCCUCCAGCCUCAAUCUCAACAGCGCCUACAAGCUGCUGAGUCCUGAUGGGCAGUCGGAGCCUCUGUACACCACCUGGAAGAUCCGGACCUCAGGGGAGUGUCGCCACACCCUGGACUACAUCUGGUACUCCCGACAUGCUCUGAGCGUCACGUCGGCCCUGGACCUUCUCACUGAGGAACAGAUUGGGCCCAACCGGCUCCCAUCCUUCCAUUACCCUUCAGACCACCUGUCACUCGUGUGUGACUUCAGCUUUAUUGAGGAGCCCGAUGAACUUUUAUAAGCACUAUCAUUUUAAUCACAAGAGUCUUAACCAGGGAUGUUUGGGGAAACU